AUGAAGCUGCUCACGAUCCUCCCCGCCCUGCUGCCGCUCGCCGCCGCGCACUUCAACGUCGAGGCGCCUCCAACCCGCGGCGGCAACGAAGACACCCAGCCAAUGUUCCCGUGCGGCGGCCCAACAGAGCCAUCCCAGAACAGAGUGCAGAUUCCUCUCGAAGACCCCAAGCUUGCCAUUGCCAUGGAGAUGGGCCACGACCAGGCGGCCGUCCAGGUGCUGCUCGGCCUAGGAUCGAACCCGGGAUCCAACUUCAACAUCUCUGUCGUCAAGACCUUCAGACAGGUCGGCCUCGGAGCCUUCUGUCUGCCGGAAGUCUCGUUCUCAGAGGAUGUGGUUGGUUUCAAGCCAAAGGACGGCAUGGACGUCACCAUCCAGGUCCUUAGCAACGGUGAUCCGAAUGGCGGUCUUUUCCACUGCAUCGACGCCGUUUACUCCAGGUCGGCACAGUACGUCAAGCCAGACAGCUGCAAGAACGGAACCGGCGUCCAGGCCAUGCCCUUCAGCGGGGAAGCUGCCAACCGAAAUGCCAACGAGUCCACGCCCAACGGCCAGCCACAGGGAGGAUCCGGUGGUAAUGGUGGUAGUGGUGGUAACGGUGGCCAGAGUCCCAGCCCAACAGGCAACUCGGCGCCGCUUCAGACUGCCGCUGCUUGGGGCGUGCUGGGUGCGGCCAUCGCUGGAGGCGUUGCACUCUUGUAA